UCCAGAGCGGAGGUCUCCGCGAGGGGCGCCCCGUCGAGCCAGUCUUCCCGCUCCGCUGCCGACCGAGUCUCCUCCUCCGUCUCUGGACUCUGCCGUGGACCCCGUGAGGCGCUAAAGCCGGGCUGCGGGGACACCGGGCUUUCUGCACCCCUCCCUUGGCCGUCGUUGAGCCCUUCGAUCCCCGUCGGCGGCGCUCCCACCCGCACCUUCUCCCCGCUACCCGUCCGAGGGGCGUCCCGUCGGGCCAUGGCUGCGCCCGGCGCCGGCAACUUCCAGUUCUCCAUCGACCGCGGCGGCACCUUCACGGACGUCUUCGCCCGCUGCCCCGGAGGGAAGGCGCGCGUGCUGAAGCUGCUCUCGGAGGACCCGGCCAACUACCGCGACGCCCCCACCGAGGGCAUCCGGCGCGUCCUGGAGGAGGAAUGUGGCAUCCCCUUCCCCAAAGACCAGCCCCUGGACACCUCGCGCAUCGAGUGGAUCCGCAUGGGCACCACAGUGGCCACCAACGCCCUCCUGGAGCGCAAGGGGGAGCGCCUGGCGCUGCUCAUCACCAAGGGCUUCAGGGACCUGCUCCAGAUCGGCAACCAGGCGCGGCCGCACAUCUUUGACCUGGCAGUCUCCAUGCCAGAUCUCCUGUACGAGGCUGUGCUGGAGGUGGACGAACGGCUGGUUCUCCAUCGCGAGGGAUGCCAGCUCUACGGCUCGGCCCCGAAAGUCACAGGUUUGACAGGGGAAUCCCUUGUGGUGCACCGGCCUUUGGACCUGGACGCCCUGCGAGGGCAGCUGAACGGGCUGUUGGCCCAGGGCAUCCGCAGCCUGGCAGUGGUCCUUCUGCACUCCUACAUGUGGCCAGAGCACGAGCAGCAAGUGGGGCAGCUGGCGAAGGAGCUGGGCUUCCAGCAGGUCUCCCUCUCCUCCCAGGUGAUGCCCAUGGUGCGGGCAGUGCCCCGGGGCUACACGGCCUGCGCAGACGCCUACCUCACGCCCUGCAUCCACCACUACCUGAGCAGCUUCCGGGACGGCUUCGCUCAGCAGCUCCAGGGCGUGCCGGUCUUGUUCAUGCGCUCCGACGGGGGUCUGACCCCCAUGGAGGCCUUCAGCGGCUCCCGCGCCAUCCUCUCCGGCCCAGCAGGGGGCGUCGUUGGCUACGCUGUCACCACCUACCGCCGGGCCGACAGACAGCCUGUCAUUGGCUUUGACAUGGGAGGCACCUCCACCGACGUGAGCCGCUACGCCGGGGAGUACGAGCACGUCUUUGAGGCCACAACUGCCGGGGUCAGCAUCCAGGCCCCGCAGCUGGACAUCAACACCGUGGCGGCCGGAGGGGGCUCACGGCUCUUCUUCAGGUCCGGGCUCUUUGUCGUUGGCCCGGAGUCUGCCGGGGCGCAUCCUGGCCCCGCUUGCUACCGGAAGGGGGGUCCCCUGACGGUGACGGACGCCAACCUGUGCCUGGGCCGCCUCCUGCCCAGCUACUUCCCCCACAUCUUUGGACCCACAGAGAACCUUCCCCUCUCGCCAGAGGCCACCCUGAAGGCCUUUGAGGAGCUGGCCGCCAGAGUCAACGCCUUCCGGGGGGCCAGCCCCUCACUCAGCGUCGAAGAGGUGGCCAUGGGCUUCAUCCGUGUGGCCAACGAGGCCAUGUGCAGACCCAUCCGCGCCCUGACGCAGGCUCGAGGCCACGACACGUCCCGCCACAUCCUGGCCUGCUUUGGCGGAGCUGGGGGGCAGCAUGCCUGUGCCAUCGCCCGGGCCUUGGGCAUGAGCAAGGUCUUCAUCCACAAGCACAGCGGGAUCCUGUCCGCCUUUGGCCUGGCCCUGGCGGACGUGGUCCACGAGACGCAGCAGCCGUGCUCCCUGGCCUACGGCCCCGAGGCUUUUGCCCAGCUGGACGAGAGAGUCGCCGCCCUGGAGGCCAAGUGCGUGCAGGCUCUGGAGGCCCAGGGCUUUGCCAGAUCCCAGAUCAGCACAGAGCCCUUCCUGCACCUUCGCUACGAGCGGACGGACUGCGCCCUCAUGUGCUCUGCCAAGGGCUACCCGGCCACCGCCCAGUCCUGCCGCAGCGGGGACUUUGGCGCCGCCUUUGCCACCAGGUACCAGCAGGAGUUUGGCUUCACCAUCCCCGGCCGAGCCAUCCUGGUGGACGACGUGCGGGUGAGGGGCACGGCCAGCUCUGGGCUGGGCCAGGAAGAGCCGGUGCCGGCCAGUGAGCAGCCCCCCCGCCGGGAAAGGGUGUCCCGCUGCUAUUUUGAGGGUGGCUACCUGGACACCAGCGUCUACCUGCUGGAGGAGCUCACCUGGGGCCACUCCAUCCCUGGUCCCAGCAUCAUUAUUGACAAGAACAGCACCAUCCUUGUGGAGCCCUCCUGCACCGCCUCCAUUACCCGACUCGGAGACAUCUGCAUCGCUGUGGGGUCCGGGGCGGAGUGCCCCGUCGGCCCCCAGAUCGACCCCAUCCAGCUCUCCAUCUUCUCCCAUCGCUUCAUGAGCAUCGCAGAGCAGAUGGGGCGCAUCCUGCAGCGCACGGCCAUCUCCACCAACAUCAAGGAGAGGCUGGAUUUCUCUUGUGCCCUCUUUGGCCCCGAUGGGGGGCUGGUCUCCAAUGCGCCCCACAUCCCUGUCCACCUGGGCGCCAUGCAGGAGACGGUGCAGUUUCAGAUCCGGAACCUGGGCUCCGACCUCCACGAGGGGGACGUUCUCCUGAGCAACCACCCGUGCGCGGGGGGCAGCCACCUGCCGGACCUGACCGUCAUCACCCCUGUCUUCUGGCCAGGAGAGGCCAGGCCGGUGUUCUUUGUGGCCAGCCGGGGCCACCAUGCGGACAUUGGGGGGAUCACGCCGGGCUCCAUGCCCCCCCACUCUCGCUGCCUCCAGGAGGAGGGGGCCGUCUUCAUUUCCUUCAAGCUGGUCAAGGACGGCGUCUUCCAGGAGGAGGCCCUCACGGAGGCCCUGAUGGCUCCCGCCCGCUUCCCCGGCAGCAGCGGGACACGCAACCUGCAGGACAACCUCUCUGACCUCCGCGCUCAGGUGGCAGCCAAUCAGAAGGGGAUCCAGCUGGUGAACGAGCUGAUUGGUCAGUACGGCUUAGAAGUGGUGCAGGCCUACAUGGCCCACAUCCAGGCCAACGCAGAAGUGGCCGUGCAAGACAUGCUGAAGGACUUUGCCGCCCGCCAGGGGGAGCCGGGACGCCCCUUGCAGGUGGAGGCCGAGGACUUCAUGGACGAUGGCUCCCCCAUUCACCUGAAGGUGACGGUGGAUCCCCAGCAGGGCACAGCUGUCUUCGACUUCCAGGGCUCCGGCCACGAGGUCUACGGCAACUGCAAUGCCCCUCGAGCCAUCACCCUCUCGGCCCUCAUCUACUGCCUGCGCUGCAUGGUGGGCCAGGAGAUCCCCCUCAACCAGGGUUGCCUGGCGCCUGUGCAGAUCCUCAUCCCCAAAGGCUCCCUCCUGGACCCCUCCCCAGACGCAGCCGUGGUGGGGGGCAACGUGCUGACCUCGCAGAGGGUGGUCGAUGUCAUCUUCCGGGCAUUUGAGGCCUGUGCAGCUUCUCAGGGCUGCAUGAACAACGUCACCUUUGGCAACGAGAGCAUCGGCUACUACGAGACGGUGGCUGGCGGGUGUGGGGCAGGGCCCCACUGGCACGGCCGCAGUGGAGUGCACAGCCACAUGACCAACACCCGCAUCACGGACCCCGAGAUCUUGGAGAAACGGUAUCCGGUGGUCCUGCGGUGUUUUGAACUGGCCCCAGGCACUGGGGGCACCGGGCGCUUCCAAGGGGGGGACGGUGUGCGCCGGGAACUGCAGUUCCGGGAGGAGAUGGUGCUGUCGGUGCUGAGCGAGAGGCGGGCCUUCCGCCCCUACGGCCUGCAAGGGGGUGAGUCUGGCUCCCCAGGCCUCAACCUGCUGAUUCGACAGGACGGCCACACCAUCAACCUGGGCGGCAAGACGUCUGUGAAAGUGGGGCCUGGGGACGUCUUCCGCCUGCAGACCCCGGGUGGAGGGGGCUUCGGACCACCUGCCGCGCCCAUGGGACCCCCCAAAGGGCAGGGAGCACCCCCCAGAGGCUGGCCCUUCCUGGAGCGAGGGAGCCUCUAUGACUACCGCCUGGCCCAGGAGAGAGCGUGACGGGCCCCCCUCCUCCUCCUCCCACCGCCACCAGCACCCCCGCCUCACCUGUGGGUCUGCAGGGGGCAUUCUCUGUCAGCCGUGGGGCAAAAGUGGGAGUUGAAAGGGUCCCUCCGUGGGGAGCAGGGGUUGCAUGCAAAGGGCAUUCGGCACUCGUUCUGCUCAGGGUAGACCCAAUGAACUGAAUGAGCCUAGGUUAGCCAUGCCAUGCACUUCAGAGGGGCUACUUCGAGUGUUGGAAGCCCCCCACUCCCCAGGUGAGGGGAGAAUAGCUGCACCUGCCUCUCCCCUUCUUCCCACCAGGGGGCAGCAGGGCCUGAGGUUUGCUGCUGGGAUGAAGGGGGGAAGAACGCUGCAGUUGCCCCCCACAAAUGCCUCUCUUCCGUCUUUGGAAAGAGGUGGUGGUGGGGUUCUGGCUUGGCUGGGCUGGGCUUGCUCACUGCCCAGCCUUUCCUCCUCCAGCCUCACUGGCUGCCCCCCCCCCGCACCAGGAGGGCCAGCCCCACUUUGUCUGGGGGUCCUUCCCUGGCCAAGGCCUUUAUAUGCCCCUUCACUCUCUACCUGGUCCCAAGACGGGCUCCUCUCUCAAACUCCCCCACCACCACCGAAACCACUCCAGUGGCCAACUGUGGGGCCUUGUGGCCCCCCCCAAUGCCUUGGGGCAGAGUGGGCAAAUGGCCUCGGACCUCCCAUGGGACGCCUUCUCCUCUCCUCUCCCGGGGAAGGGUUUUUUUUGGCUGGGAUGAUUCCGAGCUUCACUUCCAAGCUUGUGGGCUGAAUAAAGCUGCAGCCAGCAAGUUCCCCCGUGUGUGUGUGUCGUUUUUUCAGCUGGGCCAGACCAGUUGUUGGGUUGGGGAGGGGGUGCUGCAGAAGGAUCCUCGGCCCCUUCCCCCAUGUUGUGCUGGGAGGGUCUUUCGUUCCUGCUCUUGACACCCCCAGAUGGGGGCCAGGUUC